AUGAAUUCUGACGGAGCUCUAAUGCACAUUGCAUGCAAAAUUGACCAUGAUCUUUGUCAACUAUUGAUUAAAUAUGAUGCUUUAGAGAUGGACAUUUUUGGCACUCAGGCGAUAUUUGUUGAUCUACUAGACUCGUUUGUUUAUAGCACAAUAGGCUUCGCUCUACAUUUUGGCCACCUUGAGAUUGUAAAACUUCUGCUGGCGAAGGGUGUCCAUCUCGAAAAAAUAAACAUCAAGCUCACCACAGAGAGAAAUUACGAGGACAUUCCUCUCCUAUCGGAAUUCUGCUAUGGCAACUUAUCUAUGAAGGCGACAAUGGCCAGGUCAGAUAAGGGUCUUGAGGCUAAUGUGAUGGCAGGUGAGCCUUGGACCUAUGAUACUACCGAAGUGGAAGGUUUAGAGGAUGCAGCGUAA